CCAAGCAAACGCCCGCCCGCCCGCCCGCUCGCUUGGUUCGUUGCCCCGCCGAAGCGCUUACCAUUUCUCCUCGCGCUCACUUCUCCCCACCGCCCAAGGAAGGGGAAGGCAAAUCUCAUAUCAUAGACCUGAACCCCGCUCCUCCUCCCCGUUCGCCUGCGUCAUUGGGAAUUCUCCCUCCCUCGAAUCACGUCGCUGAUACUAUUCGAGCUGGAUGCGGCUCUAUUCACCUGCAGUCUGUUUGCGGCGAUCUGCCUCAAGUAGUAUGUAUGCUCAUUCCAUUCAGUUUCAAGGAGGAGCCACACAGAGUAUGGUCUUAUGGAACUGCUCCCGACCGCAGUCAAGCCGUUCUCAUAUGACAUUGGGUGUAGCCGAUUCUUCUCAUAAUAAGAAUAUGAGAUCUUCUGAAGCACAGAGUCUGAAGUACUUUGUCAGCUUAGUGGGCCGACGAUUGCGUCGCGGAUUGUCAACCAGAGAGGGUAGUCUAACUGCAAAGCUCGACAUGCUUUCACGCGAAAAAAUCUCGGGUAUUAGUUGGAAAUGGGGUGGUGUGCAUCAGAAGAUAGGAGCUACGGCCGGUGGGCUCUGCUUUGGUUUUUCAGUUUCUGGGAUCGCCAAAGCCAAGAUGCCUGUGGACAGAAAGAUCAACUGUGCAGAUACUUCAGCAUCAUCUUCCCAUGGGAAGAAAGUCUACACGGAUUAUUCUGUCACCGGCAUUCCAGGAGAUGGAAGAUGUUUAUUCCGCUCCGUGGUUCAUGGGGCAUGCAUCCGCUCAGGGAAACCUAUCCCUAAUGAAUAUCUUCAGAGAAAGCUAGCUGAUGAAUUGAGGUCAAUGGUUGCCGAUGAAUUUGUCACUAGACGAGAAGAGACUGAAUGGUUUGUUGAGGGUGAUUUUGAUACAUACGUUUCCCAGAUUAGACAGCCACAUGUGUGGGGUGGUGAGCCAGAACUGUUCAUGGCUUCACAUGUUCUCCAGAUGCCAAUAACUGUGUAUAUGCAUGAUGAAGAUGUGGGUGGCUUAAUAACUAUUGCUGAAUAUGGCCAAGAGUAUGGUAAAGAAGAUCCAAUACAAGUUCUGUAUCAUGGUUUUGGCCAUUAUGAUUCCCUACAGAUUCAGAAGUCGUAGGGGUCCGAAGACAAGAACGUAGAAAUUGGGAGUCCGAGAUUCAGAAGGCACCGUUGCAAAAGCAUUUGAUCGUGUGUAUGAAGCGGCCAAGGAGCAAAAUUUGUGUAUGAAGCGGCCGAAGGAGCAAAAUUUGGAUGGGACAGGACGGAAACCUGAUGUUGUGUUGUUCAUGUACUCACCGUAGGGUGUCGGGUGUAGAUAUACCGUGCUGUAACUUGAUGUGGUGUCUCUUGCUGUGGCAAUAAAAAUGGUGGCGGAUCACUGAUAGAUGAGUAAAAAGACACUACCUUUUUUUGCGGAAAAAAAAAGACACUACCUAGCCAGGCGCAA